AUGUCCUCGAACCUACUGUCUUCCGGGCGCGGCGGGGCCGGCAACAUCGUUGAUAGCUCAAAGACGUCGCAGAUUCAGCCCAAAGAUCUGCAGACGCCGACUCUCAAGACGAAUGCCAUGGUAACCACAGGCCGCGGCGGGACAGGCAACAUGGCGGCGAAUCUGGAUGCGGAGGAGAAGCGCAGGCGCCAAGACGUCGAGCCCGUUGUUCGCCGUGAGAGCCACGGCGCAGCUCACUUUGGCCGUGGAGGCACGGGAAACGUCGCCAAGUCUGGGUCUGGCGGCGAAGAUGAAAAGAAUGCUCUUGCACGGGUUCGCAGUGCGGCGGAAAAGGAGCGCCAGGAGAAGGGGAAGGGAAAGGAGAAGGAGGAUUCUGAGGCGGUCGUGGACGACGACAGGCCGGCGGCGGCUGAUUCGCGCAAGUCGGAAGAGCCGAGCCCGAGCUGGGCCGAGAAGGGCAGGAACCUGCUCUUUGGGAAGAAAUAG